AUGGGCUUCCUGUAUGCAGCAGCAGACCUGAGCGGGCUGGUCGAUCCCUCAAAGCCGGAGACCUUUCCGGGCUGCUUCGCCGCCUUCAUGGCGGAUGCCGUGGGAACCUUUGUGGGUGGCUUCUUGGGCACCAGCUCUGUCACUACGUACGGCGAAUCUAUGGCCGGCGUGUACGAGGGCGGCCGCACCGGCCUCACUGCGCUUACCAUUGCGUUCCUGAACUUCAUUUGCAUCUUCCUGACGCCCUUGCUCUCGUCUAUCCCCACCCUUUCCACUGGACCUGCAUUGGUUAUGGUGGGCGUCUUCAUGAUCGAGGGCGUGAAGGACAUUGAAUGGGGUGACUACAUGCAGGCAGUCCCGUCCACGGUCUGCAUCCUGCUGCAGAUCACCACUUACAAGAUCGAGGUCGGUGUUCUGGGGGCCUUGAUGGUGUGCCUUGGCUCCACAAACACUUUGUACCUCAGCAUUUGUUGGAGUGAUGCUGCAGUGGCAAGACAUGUCAAUAGUAUCCGCAGCAGACCAGCUGCAUGCGAGCCUGAGGCAUAA